UUUCGGUGAAGUGGUGGCGCUAGGUUUAAUAAUGUUUAAAAAUAAAAAUGGCGGAAGAGAAUAGAAGGAAAUUAAUCCAAUUAUUAAAACUUCCACAAAACUCUCACUGUGCAGAUUGCGGAAUAGAAGGUCCAGAAUGGGCAUCAUACAACAUUGGAAUAUUUAUAUGCACUCAGUGUGCAGGUUUUCAUCGCAAUCUUGGUUCUCACAUCAGCAAAGUGAAAUCUGUUUUUCUGGACAAUUGGGAUUCAACACAAGUAGAAUUAAUGGAAAAUAUGGGAAAUGACAAAGCCCAGGAAAAGUAUGAGAUUGACGUGCCAUUGUGCUACAAGAGACCAUGUUCCACGGAUGUUCAAGUUUUAAAGGAACAGUGGAUACAAGCCAAGUAUGAUAGGCAAGAAUUUCUGCACACAGAAGAACAGAUUUAUAUAAAGGGUUUUAUGGAAGGGCAUUUGUGGAAGCGUGGAAAAGAAGAUGGAAAAUUUCAUUUACGAAAAUUUGUUCUCAAUGAAGCUGAAGAUACCUUUAAGUAUUAUGUGAAAGAACACAAAGAACCUAAAGCUGUGAUACGAAUAUCAGAACUUAAUGCAACAUUUUGCCCAAUGAAAGUCAACAGUGCCAAUGCAAUGCAAAUAACAUAUAUAAAGGAUGGAACAACAAGAAAUAUGUUUGUAUAUUCUGACGAUGGCAAGGAUAUUGUGAAUUGGUAUAUGGCCAUUAGGUCUGCUAAGCUCAACCGAUUACAAAUUGCUUUUCCAAAAGCUGAUAUCCAAGAGCUAGCUCAGCAACUCACACGGGAGUUUCUCAAAGAAGGCUGGUUGAAAAAGAAAGGUCCUAGGGCUGGUGAUGCUUACAGACGUAGGUGGUUUACACUGGAUAACCGCAGAUUGAUGUAUCUUACAAAUCCUUUGGUAACUUAU